CACACCACAGAGGGCAGUGCUUUGACGCACCACGUAGAGUUGGAUUAUAGUAUUGCGCGCUGGUCUCUCACUGUGUUUUUGCCACUCUUUCUACUUCCAAUUGAAAUCCCAUUCUAUUGGAAUCAGAAUAUUUCCGCCACUGCAGAGUUUUGAGGAAGAACUUGGCGCAGCCGCUGCUUCAGCGCAGGACGCGUGCUGGGAAUUAAUAACCAAAGAUAUCCUCACCUGGAGUGUACGUUGACGCGCAAAGUGUGAUUGCUCGGAAGCACUUGGAUCAGAUCAAGGACCGAGCUAUUUCCCUAGUUAGGAGACACUAACACAGAUCUCGCCGUUGGAGGAUUCUGGGCAUCGCAUGCCGGGGACAUGUGGAAGUUUGCACCGCUGUAGCGCAGCACAGACCCGGUUCAUCCCUAUUGCUCAGCGAAAUCAAACUCCUAUUUCACACGCUUUGCGCUCUUGGAGGACCCAAAUGUAAAAAUCUAACAUUUUUUUUUCUUUUAGAAAAACUAACUUGUAAAGGAAGGACUAAAACAGACAUAAAAUAAACAGAGGGCAUCCCGUUGCGUGCGGAGUUUGGUGAGCUCCUUCGGAAAAUCCGAGGCUUUUGUCCGUAUUUUUGCGGAUCUCAUAUCGGCCACCCACUUGUGCCGCAGUCAUGGUGGGAGUUGUGCGCUCUGUUGGCCUUGGCCGCUCCCUGGAGACUGCACUGAGGCUUCUGCUGCUGAGGACCUUUCUGGUCCUGGUCCUGUUGAGCAGAGCGUAUAGUCAGCCGUGCCCGCCUCAGUGUUCCUGCACCGGGACCACGGUGGACUGUCACGGCCAAGGUCUGCGCAGCGUACCCAGGAACAUACCUCGAAACACGGAAAGACUGGAUCUGAAUGCAAACAACCUCACUAAAAUCACCAAGGGGGAUUUUGCAGGACUGAGGCAUCUGAGAGUCUUGCAGUUAAUGGAGAACAAAAUCACCACUAUUGAAAGAGGAGCGUUUCAGGACCUGAAGGAGCUGGAGAGACUCCGCCUGAAUCGGAAUAAUCUGGCUGUGCUUCCUGAGCUACUUUUCCUGGGAACGACAAAGCUUCACAGACUUGACCUGAGCGAAAACCAGAUCCAGGGGAUCCCAAGGAAAGCCUUCAGGGGAGCUGUGGAAAUCAAGAACUUACAGUUGGACUACAACCACAUUAGCUGCAUUGAAGAUGGAGCCUUCAGAGCGUUACGUGACCUGGAAGUGCUCACACUGAACAAUAACAACAUUAGCCGGCUGUCUGUCGCCAGUUUUAACCACAUGCCGAAACUCAGGACCUUCCGUCUUCACUCCAACAACUUGCAUUGCGACUGCCAUGUAGCCUGGUUGUCCGAGUGGCUGCGACAGCGCCCCCGCCUGGGCCUCUACACACAGUGCAUGGCCCCUCCUCAUUUGCGGGGGCACAAUGUGGCUGAGGUGCAGAAGAAGGAGUUUGUGUGUACAGAUCCAGAAGAAGGUCAUCAGUCGUCAUCAUCUUCCUCCUGCAGUGUGUUACAGUGCCCACAGUCCUGCACCUGCAGUAACAACAUUGUGGACUGCAGAGGAAAGGGUCUGACAGAAAUACCCACCAACCUGCCUGAAACCAUUACUGAGAUACGACUGGAGCAGAACGCCAUCAAGGUGAUCCCAGCUGGGGCCUUUUCUCCUUAUAAGAAGCUGCGCAGAAUAGAUUUGAGUAACAACCAGAUUUCAGAAUUAGCUUCAGAUGCCUUCCAGGGUCUGCGCUCCCUCAACUCUUUAGUCCUUUAUGGGAACAAAAUCACUGAGAUUUCCAAGGGACUGUUUGAGGGAUUGUUUUCACUGCAGCUGUUGUUGCUAAAUGCUAACAAGAUAGCAUGUCUGCGUGUGGACGCAUUUCAGGACCUUCACAACCUCAAUCUGCUUUCUCUGUAUGACAACAAGCUCCAGACUAUUGCAAAGGGAACGUUCUCCUCACUAAGGGCAAUACAAACACUUCAUUUAGCUCAAAACCCAUUUAUCUGUGACUGCCAUCUGAAGUGGCUGGCUGACUACCUGCAAGACAAUCCCAUCGAGACGAGCGGUGCCCGCUGCACCAGCCCUCGGCGGCUCGCCAACAAGCGGAUCGGACAAAUCAAGAGCAAGAAGUUCCGCUGCUCAGCUAGAGAACAGUAUUUCAUCCCAGGAGUACACCAUGUCAGCUGUAACGAGGAUUAUCGCAGCAAGCUCGGAGGUGACUGCUUCGCUGACUUGGCCUGCCCCGAGAAGUGCCGCUGUGAGGGAACGACGGUCGACUGCUCCAACCAGAAACUUACCAAAAUCCCCGAUCACAUUCCUCAGUACACCACUGAGCUGCGUCUGAACAAUAAUGAGUUCACGGUGCUUGAGGCAACGGGGAUCUUCAAAAAGUUGCCUCAGCUGAGGAAGAUUAAUCUGAGCAAUAAUCGCAUCAGUGACAUAGAGGAGGGGACUUUUGAUGGAGCUUCAGGGGUCAACGAGUUGAUUCUGACCUCCAACAAACUGGAGAACAUACACCACCGCAUGCUGAAGGGACUCAGUGGCCUCCGCACACUUAUGCUGAGGAGUAACAGGAUCAGCUGUGUGAGCAACAGCAGCUUCGUAGGGUUGAGUUCUGUGCGGCUCCUUUCACUCUAUGACAACCAGAUCACCUCCAUGAACCCUGGAGCCUUCGACACACUGCACUCCCUCUCCACACUAAACCUCUUGGCCAAUCCCUUCAACUGUAAUUGUCACCUGGCCUGGCUCGGCGAUUGGCUGAGGAGGAAACGCAUCGUCACCGGAAAUCCUCGCUGCCAGAAUCCUUAUUUCCUAAAGGAAAUUCCUAUCCAGGACGUAGCUGUUCAGGACUUUGCCUGUGAAGAUGGUAACAAUGAGAACAGCUGCUCUCCUGUUCUGAGGUGUCCAGCCGAGUGUUCUUGUCUGGACACUGUGGUGCGCUGCAGCAACAAAGGUCUCACCACACUGCCCAAAGGCCUCCCAAAAGAGACCACUGAACUGUAUUUGGACGGAAACCACUUCACUCAAGUUCCAGUGGAGCUCUCGAAUUACAAACACUUAACACUCAUUGAUUUGAGUAACAACCAGAUCAGCACGUUGUCCAACCACAGCCUCAGUAACAUGUCCGAGCUGCUUACACUAAUCCUGAGCUACAACCGUCUGCGAUGCAUCCCAGUGAGGGCGUUCGAUGGACUCAAGUCUCUGCGUUUGCUAUCUCUCCAUGGUAACGACAUAUCCCUGAUUCCAGAGGGAGCCUUUAAAGACCUGUCAUCGCUGUCUCAUCUGGCUCUGGGUGCCAACCCUUUGUACUGUGACUGCCACAUGCAGUGGCUGUCUGACUGGGUGAAGAGCGGCUACAAGGAGCCCGGCAUCGCUCGCUGUGCUGGGCCCGGUGACAUGACAGACAAGCUACUCCUCACCACACCCUCCAAGAAGUUUACCUGCACAGGCCCGGUGGAUUUGAGUAUCCAGGCCAAGUGUGAUCCCUGUCUGUCCAGCCCCUGCAGUAAUGAUGGCACAUGCACCAGUGACCCUGUGCACUACUACCGCUGCACUUGCCCAUAUGGGUUUAAGGGACAAAACUGUGAGGAACCUAUUCAUGCCUGCAUCAGUAACCCCUGCCAGAACAGUGGGACUUGCCAUCUGAAGGAAGGAGAAGGAAGCAACUUUUGGUGUGUGUGUCUGGAGGGCUUCGAAGGCGACACCUGUGAGAUCAACAUUGAUGACUGUGAGGAUAACGACUGUGAGAACAACUCCACCUGUGUAGAUGGAAUCAACAACUACACCUGCAUGUGCUCACCAGAAUACACAGCUGCUACCAAUGAGGUGGAGAGAGGGGAGCUGUGUGAGGAGAAACUGGACUUCUGCGCCCCAGAACUGAACCCAUGUCAGCACGACUCAAAGUGCAUUCUUACCCCUCAGGGUUACAAGUGUGAGUGCACUCCAGGCUAUGUAGGUGAGCAUUGUGAGCUGGACUUUGACGACUGUGAAGAGAACAAGUGUCAGAACGGAGGUCAUUGCAUUGAUGCUGUGAACGGAUACACCUGUAUCUGUCCAGAGGGAUACAGUGGGCUGUUCUGCGAAUUCACUCCCCCAAUGGUCCUCCCACGAACCAGUCCCUGUGACAACCACGACUGCCUAAAUGGAGCUCAGUGCGUUGCUGUGGGAACAGACCUCCGCUGCCAGUGUCUCCACGGCUACGAAGGCGAGCAUUGUGAAACACUUGUGAGUGUGAACUUUGUCAACCGGGAGUCCUACCUGCAGCUUCCAUCUAACCUCCUGUCACCACAGACCAACAUCAGCCUACAGAUUGCUACUGACGAGGACAGUGGCGUCUUGUUGUACAAGGGUGACAAUGAUCAUAUCGCAAUGGAGCUGUACAGGGGACGUCUCAGGGUCAGCUACGACACCGGAUCCUACCCUCCUUCUGCGAUAUACAGCGUGGAGACAGUGAACGAUGGUAGUUUCCAUUCUGUGGACUUAGUAGCAGCUGACCAGACUCUGUCCCUGUCCAUUGAUGGCGGACCACCCAAAUCCAUCAGCUCCAUCAGCAAACAGUCCACGCUCAACAUAGAUUCUCCACUUUACCUGGGAGGAAUGCCAGAACAGGCAUCAGCCUCUGGCGGCCUUUCUGCCCUGCAGCUCAGCUCAGGAGGCCGCAACGGCACCAGCUUCCAUGGAUGCCUCCGUAAUCUCUACAUUAACGGAAAGCUCCAAGACUUGGGGGCCAGGCAGAAUCCAGGCUCUCCAGGUUCAGGAAAUUUGCGGAACAACAGACAAUGGCUGGGAAACGGGGUGGAGCCAGGAUGCCAGCCAUGCCAGAGAGGUGCCUGCAUCCAAGGUGAUUGUCACCCAACGGGUAACCAAGGUUUCACCUGUACCUGCCAUCCCGGAUGGACAGGGGCUCUGUGUGACCAGCAAGUUAGCAAUCCCUGUGAUGGCAAUAAGUGUAUUCAUGGUACCUGCCUUCCAAUCAACUCCUAUUCCUAUUCCUGCCGCUGCCAGCCUGGUUUUGCUGGUGUUCUCUGUGAUGAACAGGACCUGGAUACGGCUAACCCCUGCAGCCUGUCCCGUUGCAAACAUGGCAGAUGUCGAGUGUCAGGCCUGGGUAAAGCGUACUGCGAGUGCAACAGUGGAUACACAGGGGAGGCAUGCGACCGAGAGGUGGCCUGCCGAGGGGAACGGGUCCGAGAUGUCUACCAGAGACAGCAAGGCUAUGCGGCGUGCCAAACCCAGGAGAAGGUCUCCCGUCUAGAGUGUCGAGGCAGCUGCAGGGGGGGAGCAGAAGGGCAGGGCACCUGCUGCACCCCCCUCCGCAGCAAACGCAGGAAAUACACCUUCCAGUGCACUGAUGGGUCUUCUUUUGUCCAGGAAGUGGAAAAGGUUGUCAAGUGUGGCUGUACAAAGUGUUCUUCGUAAAACAAGAGAAGUUUUUUUUGUUUUUCUUGACAGAGCUCCUGCCAUCCUUUACCUGAUUGCUCAUCCGUUAUUGUUCCCUGUGAGGAAACUCUCCACACCCCAGGAGUAUUAUUCCCAAGCACCCUGCAUUUUUUUUAAACUGCCCAAAAAGUAAAAGAAAAAAAGAAAAACACAAGAGAAACAACUUAAAAAAUAACUACUUUUCUUGUCAGUGCUGGACUGAUGACUGAUGCUUCCUCGGUGGGGAUUUUGAAUUGUUAUAUAAAGUACAAAAGCAGACUUAUUUUUAUUAUGAAGUGGGGGAAAAGACAAAAAAGAAAGACUUUGUUCUUCAUCUACUUCUUUUUGUUGGUUGUGAUAACUCCAGUGGUGCCACACUGUCUCUGUUACCCUGAGAACCGGCCGCUCAGCAACAGCUCACCACUGUCCAGUAGACGUCCUGCGCCUUGUCUCUGAGUUGUGCAUCUUUAGGAGUAACUGUAAUUGGUAGUACUACAGACUCGCCACUAGGAGGCGUUGCCUUAAAGCACAGCACAGUGUGGGCAGCGAUAACCGCUCACACACACACAAACACAACGCAGAAACCACAACAGGCUCCUUCAGCAGGCCUCCUGAGUCCUGUGACUGUGUGCAUGAUCAUACAUACAGUUGCUGUCCAUCUCGUGGUUCUUUUCACAGCUACUGAACAACACACACUCGUACACCUGCAGAAAAAGAAACUGGUUAACUAAACGACUCUCUCUGUUUGUGUACCCCUACCCCGCCGAGUCAUGAAUGACAAGUAUUUAUUGUAUCAUAAAUACCUGUCCUUAUCCGCUAGAUUCCCCAUGUAUCAGCCUGAGUCUUUUAAUAUAUAUUAAUUUAUAUUUGUCCUUAUUUUUGUAUUAAAAAGACAUACUCUGUCAAGAUAGCUGAACUAACAAAAUGGUGUCCUUUAUUUUUGGUGUAAGAAAAGUUUUGUUUUGUUUUUGAUCACUGAAACGUUUGUGCUUGCCAGAGACCUUAGUUACAUUUUAAUCUGCAAAUGUGACGUGAAGACAUUGUAUAUUUUUGUCGCGUUUCCUGAAAGUUUGUACUGUGCCAUUACCAGAAGGUUCUUUAUAUUAGAGUAUAAAUGUAUAGAUUUCCCUACCUAUGUACUCCACACACAGACUUUGUGAGUAGCAUUGACCCUAUAGAGAACUCUUUUUACCUUUUUAACAAAUUUAAAGAAUACUGUGACAUUUUUCUAAAUGAAACUACUUUGUUAGCCCCUUUGGUCUCAGAUGUUAACAUGUUGCUGCUAAGUUUUUUGUACCGUAGACUUGGAUCCUGAUCUGUAUGUUAUAUAGAGCUUCCUGCUCCUUCCUGUUUGGGGCCGCCUUGUGUAACAGAUGAAUAUGACCCCUCCCUCCUCCUCCAUCACCACCUCCACACUUGUGCAUUGUGCUUUAUAUUCUCCCACUCUUUCUCCAUCCCGAGACUAACGUCAGUUUCCUGACUGGUGUUUGUUUAUUAAACACAAUAUUUACCUCAGACUUCUCAUCUUUUCCCUUUUUUUGUUGCAUUCAGAGGUCUGUGUGAGAGAUCAUCCCUACGACCCACCGAUGACAAUUAUUACCAAUUAGAACCCUGAUAUAAUUGAUGUUAUUCUCACUGUGCUUCUUUUCAUCUCUUGUUAAAUAUUUUCUUUUGUAACAUUAAAACAUUUUACCCUG